AUGAGCAGUGUCGACUGGCCGGGCCUGCUGAAGUGGAGCUUGCAAUAUAAUGAUGGAACGGCACCCACCGAGUUAGGAGACAGAGGCGUUCGCAGCAAAGAGGAUUUGGACUUCUUGCAGAAAGCUAUGGAAGAGUUUUGCGGCCAGCAAGUAAACGCAGGUCAGAUGGUAACCGAAGCGAUGACUAUAAUUUCCGAGUCGACCGCACUGGACUUAGCCGCGAACAACUCAGCUCGUGUCCUGGGCGCAAUUGCAGUCAUAGAAGAGGCUUUCGACGUGGAACCGGAGCUAGCGCGACACCUUGACAAGUAUGAAAUGCCAACGGACUCCGCCACAGCGCCAGACUCCACCACAGCGCCAGACUCCACCACAGCGCCAGACUCCACCACAGCGCCAGACUCCACCACAGGCUGCGAGACGGGCCCAGUGGGUUGUCGAACAUUAAUCCACUUGCUGCACGAGUGUAUGAAGCAUGGUGACGUGACGGUGCGUGAAAAGACCUGUGAGUGCUUGGCCUUGGCGUUGCCUAACAACCUACCUAUCCAGAACAAGUUUUAUGAGAACGGUUUGCUCGCCACAGUGGUCGCCGAGCUGGAUACCUGUGUACCAUACGCGCUCGGUGAAGACGAGAAUCAACGGCGGUACGUGACCAAGGUGUUUAGUGUGCUUGCCGGACUAGUCAAGCACUGUCCCUCAGCCGAAGACGAGUUUAUUAACAAGCUCCACGGCCUGGAACUGCUUAAGAAGCUAUCUGGUACAAAGCACGACCGUCUCACUGUGAAACUGGAGUCUAUGCAUACCCACCUCAAGCAUCAAGGACUUUUUAACCAAAUCGCUCCAGCGCAAGCUCUCCAAGCCAUCAGAUGCUAA